GUAGGGCGGGGCUGGACCAGGGACUCCCGGGAAAGCGCCUGGCCUGGCAUACCACUGAGCUGGGCAGCACAGGUGGCAGGACCUCCUGUCCCACACAAGUGCACCAGUUUUGGCGAAUAGAGGGUAUUUGGCGAGUAGAGGGAUCCCCUGGGAUCUGGGGCCACGCAGGCAGCCAGACUACCAUUCCCAGCUGCCAGCGAGCUGGCUAUGCUGCAGACCCCAUCUCCCUUGAGACCUGGGUUCUUUCCCAUGUUGGGAACAGACUUAAGGGCUGUCAUGAGUCCAGAGAGUCCCCCGCCUCUUAUAAGCUAGCCGCCCCCUUCCAGUUGAGGUGGACCCACUCCCUUAGCUCAAGGGGUUCAUCUCUUUCCCUUCCCCCACCACCAGCAGGGGAGAUCCGGCCUGUCCACCCCAUGGAAUUGUCACUCAGAUGAAUAUUCUGAUGGUCAUUUGGACCAACAGUUAUAUAGCCUGAUCCCUGUGGCAGAACCUCAGUCAGAGAAAGAAAAUUGAUGAAACAGUCAGCCUACUUUGAGUCCAGCCCACCCCCUCAGUUCUAAAAUACCAGGGAAACCCAACUCUGCCCCUUCCCCAGGGAGCAGAACCUCACUUGCUGAUAUAUUCAGAAAGUAAGGAAGGGAAAGGGAAAAUUAUAUGUGAGUUAGGGGAAUUGGGGUGGACACAGACUUGAAAUCUCCAACAGCUCAGGAUCGACCUGUGUAAGGGCAGCCUAGUUCACUCUGCUCCCCACUCAUACUCAGCUCCUGCUCUCCAUUGCUUUAGUGCAGGGUGCAGAGGGUACAGUAGUGAGCAAAAGCAGACAGGCCUCAGCCCCCAGAGCUUACUGUCGUUGGAAGACCGACCUUAAAGGAGAACUGACAACUGAGUUAUAUGGCCUCAGGGAUCAGAGAGAGGAAGCUACCAGGUGAGGCGCCUAAAAGCAGGCUUCCUGGAGGAAGAAGUUAUAGGGUAAGACUUGAAAAGAGAGAGGGGUUGUUCAGGCUGAGAAUAAUGGGAAGAGGGUAUAGGAGCAAGGGGACUGCUGCUUAAAUGCUGAAGAGCCUGGCAGGUAUUGAGAGAAUUCAUAGUAGCUGGAACAGGACGACCGUGGGGGCAGCUGAGGACUACAAGGGGAGGAGUGGUUGAAGGUAUAUGAGGGAACAGACAGAGCCUCGAGGUCUUGCAGGUCAUGUUAGAGGGUCUGGACUUUAUCCUUAGGGCAGGGGAAUACCCAUGGAUUUUUCGCAAGAGUUAAAAUAGAGGGAUGUUAGAAGAGUUAGAGUCCUGGGGUUGGACUGCCUGGGUUUGAAUCCUGGCCCUGCCACUUACCAGCUGUGUAAUCUUGGGCUUGUUAAUAAUUAUUAAUAACAGCAGUUAAUGUUUGUUGUGUGCUUACAAUGAGGUACUAUGUCCAUUCUAACUUCCCUACCCAACAUACAAUUCAUCCUUCCCCAAACAGUCCGUACAGAGGGAAGUAUCUCAUUUCACCCUCCCAACAGCCCCAAGAGAUAGUUGUUGUUGUUAUUAUUGUUAUCCUCACUUAACAGAUGGAUAGCUACAGACCAAGAAGGUUACAAAAUGUCCUGUUCAAAGUCAUUCAGGCAGUUAGGCUCAGGUUCUCAUCUGUGAAGUGAGGCUAAUAGGACUUACCCCAUAGGGUUGUUGCUAGAAUUAAAUGAGAUGAUGUUUGUUAAUUAAGCACAGUGCCUGGCAUAGAAAGCACUCAAUAAAGGACAAUUUUUGGCAUUGUCAGGUAACUGGAAUUUCAAGAGUAAUGUUGUUAUUGAAUAAAGAAUAGAUCAUUGUGGGUUGGCAUGGAGACAGGGAACCCAAUAGGAAGCUGCUGUAGGGCUCUAGGUUAGAAUUGGUGAUGGCUUGGACUUGAAUUCUAGUUAUGGGGGUGGAAAGGAGGGGGGAAGAUUCCAGAGAUGGCAGGAGUGUGUGGCUGAAUAGUUGUGGGGGGAACAGACUGAGGGACCCAGGAUGAUUUCCAGUUUCUGGAUUGAAUAACUGGGUAAAUAGAUGGUGAGGCUGUCAUGGAGAGGCUAAGACUAGGGAGAGUCAGGUUUGAGGAGGAAAGUGGUGAAUUUAGUCUGGGGACUUCAAACCCAGCACAUCCCUAACAGCCCACUCCAAACUGUCACUCAGCUUCUGGGGAGGUAUUAAGCAGGCUGUAAAAUAAAUAGGCCUGGUGCUCAGAAGAACAGUUUGGACAAGGAAGAGAUAAGGAAGCUGGCAACAUUUAGAUGGCAUUGAGCUGUGGGAGACGUACCCAGCCCACAAGCGGGGAGGAUGAGGCCCAUUCGGGGAUGGGGAGAAAUACCCUCUGUGGGAAAAUAAGAUGUGCAGCCAGAGACAGAGGUGGAAAGCCAGGGGCAUGUUGCCUCUUGAAAUUUAAGAGAAGGAAAGGCUCAAAGAAGAGGAAGAGAACUACACAGUGAAAAGCUUUGCUGGGAUCAAGCAGGAUAAGGACUAAACAUUGGACACUGGAUUCAGCAACGGGAAGGUCACUGGUGACCAUGUCCAGACCAGUCAGGGAAGUGCUGGGUACGGAAGGCGGACCAGGAUAGGAAGAAGAGUGGGUGGGUGUGGAGAGGAAAUGGAGGUAGACAUCUCUUCAAGGAACUUGGCCAAGUAGCAUGAGGGUUGGGGUAGCUAGAAAGAGACUGGGGGUUCACAGAGGAGUCGUUUCUUUUUGUAGUUACUUAUUUAAAGUUAAUUUUACAUUGAAAUACAAUAUUCACACAGAAGGGGUACAUGUCCUAAGUGUAAGCUGAAUACAUUUUCACAAUGGAACACACCCAUGUAGGAUCAGGAAAUAAAACCCAGAUUAGGAAAUAAAGCGUUAUCGGUACUCUGGAAGCCCCCUUGUGCCCCCUUCCAGUCACUACUCCUCAAGGGUAGUGUCACUCCUAUUCUGACUUCUAUCACUGUAGAUUUGUUUUACCUGUUUUUGAACUUCGUAUCAAGGGAAUCAUAUGUAUAUCUUCUCAUGUGGUCUUGCUUCUUUCACUCAACAUUAUGUCUAUAGGAUUCAUCCAUAACAGUUGCAUGUAAUUGUAUAUUGCUCAUUCUUUUCAUUGUAUAGCAGUCCAUUAUCUACUGAUGGGCAUUUUGAUAGUUUCCAGGAUUGUUUUUAUUUUUUAAAAUGUUUAUUUAUUUUAUUUUUAUUUUGGGGGGAAGUAAUUAGGUUUACUUAUUUAUUAGUUUAUUUAUUUAAAUGGAGGUACUGGGGAUUGAACCCAGGAACUCAUGCAUGCUAAGCACACACUCUACCAGUUUUCAUUUUUUAUGUGGGAGUGACUUGCACUUGUCUGAGGCUUAUGGUGAAAGUCGGAAGCACUCAUCUUCCAUGAGAAGGGAGAGAGAUAGCUAGGGCUACACAUGAGGAUUUCCCGUGUGAAAAAGGAGAGCCUGGUUGAGGUUGAGAUUUGCUCUUUUCCAGCUGAGCUGCUGUGCCAAGACCUCUGGCAGCUCCCACCAGCCUGUGUGCAGGUACAGAGAAGGCAGGGGAUUGGGUUGCCCAAGGUUGAUUUCCUCCAGGUAAGAGAGAAGCCCAGGGUGCUGGGGAUAGUAGCAGCAGGUGAGCAACCCUGGAGUGGUGGCUGUGGAUCCAGGCUAGGGAGAAGGGUGUGCAGGGAACGCAGGGAAGAGAAGGUAGGAGGGAACUGGCAGAGAGAAAGGAAGCAGAGGCGGAUUGUGAGCUCUGUGCAGGGCGAUAUGUGUGCAAUUCCAGCUGUAUCUCCAAUGACUGGCACAGAGUUGUCACUUAGUGACUAGUUGAAUAAAUGAGCUGAGGGCUCAAGAGGUCUCAGGUAGAAGGCAGGUGAAAUGAGGGUGAUGGAGAGAGCCUGAAGGCUGUGUUCAGUGUGAUUGUGAUUUAGGAAAGGGGCAUUCCAGAGCCAGGUGAUAAGAAUGGGGUGUUCCUGCAGAGAGUGGCUGCAGGAAGCAGAGAGGCCAAUGUUGGGUGGGCAAUUCACGGGAAUGCCCAGUUGCCUGUGUAGGGUGCACAGCACACAGUCUUCAAGAAGAAAGGGGAAGACAGCAUUUCUUAAACGAGGAUCCUUGGACAUCUUGCAUCUGAAUCUGUAGUGGGGUGUUGGGCUUGUUGGAAAUGCAGACCUCUGGGCCCACCCCAGCCUCUUGGGGAGAAGGUAAGCCCAGUGCAGCAGAAUUGAGCAUCAAGGAGCAGGACCGUUUAUGGGAUGGGGGAGCACUCAGUCCCUUUGAGGGGAUGGGAUGCCCAGUAGAUCCUGGGCAUGGUGGCGUCUAUCCAAGCUAGAGCUGGAUAGGGAUAUUCAAUGAAGAGAGUUGCAAAGACUCAGCACUAAGGGGAUUCAGCCCAUGUGGGCUGGGGGCCAGAAGGAUGGAGCCUCUGCCCUAGGAUGCAGCUUCUGCUAGAGAGAAGAUGCUGGCUGGGUAAUGGGACCUGAUCCUCUUCCCUGUGGCCUGGGGGUGGGAAGAGUGCCCAGACUGAGCACCCCCUCUGUGGGUGGAGGGAUGGGGGUGGUGCGUGGAACUGUGGGGCUUUCUGGACCCAAUUCCUUCUCUUCCUUCUGAGGGCAGCAACACAUCAUAUGGAGUUGAUCCAGUCCUCUGCUUUUAGCCCCUCUUUUUCUCAGUGUCCUAGAGCUCUCAUGCUCAGUGCCUGACUCUGUCGUCCUUUGGCACAGUCCCUCCCACUCAGCAUCCCCAGCCCAUCCUUCCACUUUCUCAGCCCCCACUUUCUAGCCUUCACACGCUCAGAACCCCCAUUCUCAGCCCUCUGUGUUCAGCCAUCUCUCAGCAUCCCCCAACAGCCGCUCUAUGAGCACCCUCAUGCUACCUGCACCUAGUUCAGCCCCCAGUCAGUGUCCUCACUCUAUUUAUCCCUCCAUAUUCACCGCCGUUUUCAACUCCCUUUACCCACGCUCCUGACCCAGCCGAGAAGAUCCCUGUCAGUACCCCGCCCGAAGGGAACCCCCAGGCACCCCUCCCAGAAGCCGGGCGGGCAGAGGCCCCGGUGCCCCCCUGGUCGGGCCGGUCCCGCCCCAUCCCGGCGGGCUGAGUCAGGCGGCAGGAACUGGGCGGGGGGCGGCGCCGGGAGGAGCUGAAGACCGAGCCAGAGUCGCUGGGAGCGAGCGCGGAGCCCAGCACUGAGUGGCCCUGGGUCGGCGGGGACACGGGGGACAAGCGCGGGGGUUGGGGGUCUGUUCUGGACCUAUCAUGAGCGCCAAGAAGAGAGGGAGCCCCGCGCGGACUCAUUCCAUGAUGUCCCUGUCUGUGCGGCCGCAGCGCCGCCUGCUCAGCGCCCGGGUCAGUAGGAGCCAGUCCUUCGCAGGCGUCCUCGGCAGCCAGGAGCGGGGGCCCAGGAGCUUCCCAGCCUUCAGUCCCCCGGGGCCCCCACGGAAGCCCCCAGCGCUCUCCCGAGUGUCGAAGAUGUUUUCCGUAACGCACCCAGCCCCCAAGGUCCCGCAGCCUGAGCGGCUGGACCUGGUGUACGCUGCGCUCAAGCGGGGCCUAACGGCCUAUUUGGAAGUGCACCAGCAGGAGCAGGAGAAACUCCAGGGACAGAUAAGGGAGUCCAAAAGGAAUUCCCGCCUGGGCUUCCUGUAUGACUUGGAUAAGCAAGUCAAGUCCAUUGAACGCUUCCUGCGACGGCUGGAGUUCCACGCCAGCAAGAUCGACGAGCUGUAUGAGGCAUACUGUGUCCAGCGGCGUCUCCGGGAUGGGGCCUACAACAUGGUCCGUGCCUACAGCACCGGGUCCCCAGGGAGCCGUGAGGCCCGGGACAGCCUGGCCGAGGCCACUCGGGGCCAUCGCGAGUACACAGAGAGCAUGUGUCUGCUGGAGAGUGAGCUGGAAGGACAGCUGGGCGAGUUCCAUCUCCGGAUGAAAGGGCUGGCCGGCUUCGCCAGGCUGUGUGUGGGCGAUCAGUAUGAGAUCUACAUGAAAUACGGGCGUCAGCGCUGGAAACUACGAGGCCGCAUUGAGGGUAGCGGAAAGCAGGUGUGGGACAGUGAGGAAACCGUCUUUCUUCCUCUGCUCACGGAAUUCCUGUCCAUCAAGGUGACAGAACUGAAGGGCCUGGCCAACCAUGUGGUUGUGGGCAGUGUCUCCUGCGAGACCAAGGACCUGUUCGCCGCCCUGCCCCAGGUUGUAGCUGUGGACAUCAAUGAUCUCGGCACCAUCAAGCUCAGCCUGGAAGUUACAUGGAGUCCCUUCGACAAGGAUGACCAGCCUUCAGCUGCUUCUACUGUCAACAAGGCCUCCACAGUCACCAAGCGCUUCUCCACCUACAGCCAGAGCCCCCCAGACACACCCUCACUUCGGGAACAAGCCUUUUAUAAUAUGCUAAGGCGGCAGGAGGAGCUGGAGAAUGGGACAGCAUGGUCCCUGUCAUCUGAAUCUUCUGAUGACUCAUCCAGCCCACAGCUCUCAGGCACUGCCCGCCACUCCUCAGCCCCCAGGCCCCUGGUGCAGCAGCCUGAGCCUCUCCCCAUCCAAGUUGCCUUCCGUAGGCCUGAGACCUCUACUUCUGGUUCCACAGAUGAGGAGGGGGCCACGGCCCCAGCCCUGGCCAAUGGGCAUGCCCCCUAUACCCGGACUCUGAGCCACAUCAGUGAGGCCAGUGUGGAUGCUGCCCUGGCUGAGGCUUCAGUGGAGGCUGUGGGUCCAGAAAGCCUAGUCCAGAGACCUAGCCUGCCUGUACACCCAGAUCCCACCCAUAGGGAGCACCCUAGUCCUGUCCCUCCUGCUCUGGACCCCAGCCAUUCUGCCACAAGCCCCAUUCUCAGUACAACAGGCCCUGGCUACACAUCUGCACAACUAGAGUCGGUUCACACGGUGGUAAAUUCUAGCUCUUCUGAACUGCCAGGCCCCACCCACACCACUAUAAGCUUUACGUCAACUGCCAUAAGCCCUACCCACAGUGUUCCAAGCCUCACUCACACUACCACAGGUUCUACCCACAAGCCUGUGAUCUCUACCCUUGCUCCUACAGGCCCCACCCCAAGUACCACAGGGCCAGUGCAGAUCACCACAAGUUCCACCCACAAGCCAAUGCUUUCUAUCCUCACUCCUGCUGCUCCUGCCCCCAGUACUACAGGCCCAGUCCAGACCACCACAAGCCCCAGACACGCUGUCACAAACCUGAUAAACAUUGUCACUAGCCCCACCAAUAAGCCAAUGGUCUCUACGCUUACUACUACAGACCCUACCCUGAGUGCCACAGGCGCAGCCCAGACUAUCACAAACCCCACCCACACUGCCACUAGCCCUACCCACACUACCACUAGCCCCACCCACACUACUGCAAGCCCUACCCAUGCUACCACAAGCCCUACCCAUACCACCACAAGCCCCACCCACACCACAAGCCCCACCCACACCACUGCAACCUCUACUCACAAAGCCAGGAUGUCAACUCACACCACUACAAGUCCUACACCCAAUGCUAAGGAUCCAGUUCAGACCACCAGGAGUCCUACUCAUCCUGUCACAAGCCCCACUCUUAAAACUGUAAGCCCUUUCACUUCUCUAGACCUUGCCAAACUCCCCAGCCCCUCUGCAAACACAGACUCUGCCCUCCCAGGCACUGACCCCCUGUCCUGUAGCUACCCAGUCUCCACUCCCUGCACUCAGGCAGACCCCAUAGCCCCCAGCACCCCCUACCCAAGUCCUGCCUGUUCCAGUUUGGAACCCCUCACAAGCCCUUCUCCAACCCCCCCAGAAGCCAUCCGUCAGAGCCCAAGUCCUCCUCCCUCACCCCUAGCCUCUGUGCCCCAGCAUUCAGACCCUAGCCUGGCCAGGGCUGCCCAGGCCCCAGUUCCAGGGACAGCCCGAGGGGCUGGUGACAGGAGGUUGGAAGAGGCACUGGGGGCCCUAAUGGCUGCCCUGGAUGACUACCGUGGUCAGUUUCCCGAGCUGCAGGGCCUGGAGCAGGAGGUGAUCCGGCUGGAGAGUCUACUCAUGCAGAGACAAGGCCUGACUCGCAGCCGGGCCUCCAGUCUUAGCAUCACUGUGGAGAAUGCCCUGGAGAGCUUCAGCUUCCUCAAUGAGAAUGAAGAUGAAGACAGUGAUAGUCAUGGGGACAGGCUCCCAAGCAGCCCAGAACCUGGGGCUGAGGACAUCGACUCACCUAGUGCCCAACCCCUCAGCACGGAGUGUCCAGCUCUGGAUGCUGCAUUGGUCCAGCACCUGUACCACUGUAGCCGCCUCCUCCUGAAACUGGGCACAUUUGGGCCCCUUCGCUGCCAGGAGGCUUGGGCCCUGGAGCGGCUGCUGCGGGAGGCCCGAGUGCUCGAGGCAGUAUGUGAGCUUAGCAGGCGAUGGGAAAUCCCUGCUACCUCUGCCCAGGAAGUGGUGCAGUUCUCUGUCUCUCGGCCCGGCUUCCUGACCUUCUGGGACCAGUGCACAGAGGGACUCAGCCCCUUCAUCUGCCCUGUGGAGCGGGUGCUCCUGACCUUCUGCAAUCAGUACAAUGCCCGUCUCUCCCUGCGCCAGUCAGGCUUAGCUGAGGCUGUGUGUGUCAAGUUCCUGGAGGAUGCCUUGGGGCAGAAGCUGCCCCGGAGGCCCCAGCCAGGCCCUGGAGAACAGCUCACCAUCUUCCAGUUCUGGAGUCACAUUGAAACCCUGGACAGCACCUCCAUGGAGGCCUAUGUGACUGAGACUGCCGAGGAGGUGUUCCUGGUGCGGAAUCUGAACUCAGAUGACCAGGCUGUUGUGCUAAAAGCCCUGAGGUUGGCACCUGAGGGGCGGCUUCGAAGGGAUGGUCUCCGGGCCCUCAGCUCCCUGCUUGUCCAUGGCAACAACAAGGUCAUGGCUGCUGUCAGCACUCAGCUCCGGAGCCUGUCAUUGGGCCCUGACUUCCGGAAAAGGGCCCUGCUGUGCUUCCUGGACCAACUUGAGGAUGAGGAUGUGCAGAUGAGAGUGGCUGGCUGCCUGGCCCUGGGCUGCAUCAAGGCUCCCGAAGGCAUUGAGCCCCUGGUGUACCUGUGCCAAACGGACACAGAGGCCGUGAGGGAAGCUGCUCAGCAGAGCCUGCAACAAUGUGGGGAGGAGGGACAGUCUGCCCAUCGACGGCUGGAGGAGUCACUGGAUGCCCUGCCCCGCAUCUUUGGGCCUGGCAGCAUGGCCAGCACGGCAUUCUAAACUUCCCUCCCACUAGCCCCCAGUGCCCCUUCCCCACACUUUCAGGGCUUACCAGGCACUGGCAGGGAGGGUGAGGGCUGGCUCCAGACACCCCUCCCUCACAGAUUCCUAUCAAUGAAAAUCUAAUAUAUUCUUCUGUUGACCUUGGGGUUGGUAGAGUCAGUGCCACAGUCAAGUGCCUCCCAGCCUCGGCUCAGCACACUUGCCAUUGAUCAGUGUCACGGGCCUGGCCAUCCUGCCUCUGCCCCAUGAUGUCCCUUGGUUUUGUAUUUUAUUUACAGAGUUUUACAGAAAAUAAAAAAGCAAAAUGCCUUUCCUA